GACGUCAGGGGGCGGGGUCCGCGUCCUGAAUUGGGGCAGCAUGGGGCCGCUAGGCCUCUCGCGCGCCGGGCUGUGGCUGAGUCGAGCCAUGAGCCGCUGCGUUUUGGAACCCCGGCUGGCGGGGAAGCGGUGGCUGGUGGCAGGCCUGGGAAACCCUGGACUGCCUGGCACGCGGCACAGCGUGGGCAUGGCGGUGCUGGGGCAUCUGGCGCGGCGGCUGGGGGUGGCGGAGAGCUGGGUACGCGACCGGCGCUGUGCCGCGGACCUCGCCCUGGCCUCACUCGGAGAUGCCCAGCUGGUCCUGCUCCGGCCACGGAGGCUCAUGAACCUCAACGGGCACAGUGUGGCCCGGGCGGCGGAGCUGUUCGGACUGACUGCUGAGGAAGUUUACCUGGUACACGAUGAGCUGGACAAGCCGCUGGGGAAAGUGGCUCUGAAGUUGGGAGGAAGCGCCAGGGGCCACAAUGGAGUCCGUUCCUGUAUGAGCUGCCUCAACUCCAGUGUGAGUCUGCGCCUCCAUCCUGCACCGAGUCGGGUGGCUGGGACAGGGCCCCCAACACCCCUUCUCACCAGAGCUCCCUGGGCCCCUCUGGCUCCCCCACAGGCAAUGCCACGGCUGCGGGUGGGCAUCGGGCGGCCGACCCACCAGGAUGCAGUGCAGGCCUACGUGCUGGGCCGCUUCUCCCCUGCUGAGCAGGAGCUGCUGCCUCCAGUGCUGGAGCGUGCCGCGGACCUGCUCCUGGACCACAUCCGCCAGCGGAGCCAGGAGUCUUCGUCAGGCCCCUGAGGCCGGUGGAUUCGGCUGCUUGCCCGACUGUCAUGCCCACACCCAUCCACCCAUCCACAGAGGUGCCACACCAGCCUGUGGGGUCUUUUUUUUUUUUUUUAAUAUAAGUCUUCUCUGGGCUGCCCCAGGCUGCCUGUGGACUAACGCAGGGACUGUGGCCGGAACAGUCCUUCUUUAGGAUAGGAGGUUGGUCUUCUCUCCGUGUCCUACUUUGAAAGUAGGGAAACUUCAGGAAGACUAAGCUUUUUUCUUAACUUUUUCUGAGGAGCAGAGGUGUGGAUCUGUAACAGUAAAGGUGCCACCUUAGAAGCUGAAGCCUCUGAGGUGGGGUUCCCAUCCCUCCCCUGCCUGUGGAGGAGGGGCCCACAGGAUCCAGCAGGCUCCCCUCCCGGGGAUGUGUGGGCGUGUCUGGAUCCACUGAGGCCUUGACACACCUUUCUUCAGCCCAUUUUACAGAUGGGGAAGUGGAGGCUUAAGAGAGGUCCAGCCACAUCCACAGAGCCACACAGCUGCGGUGUGGCAGAGCGGUGAUAAGCACCCAAGGGCGGCCCUCAUCCAAGGGUGGCCCUCAUCCAGCUGUCCCUGGGGCCCCCUGGCACCCUCACCUCAGGGCUGCUGUACGCCUGUAAGUUGCCCAUGCGGGUGGUAUGUGAGAGCAGCCUGAGGUCCUCAGGGUUGGGUGGGAUGUGGAUCCGUCGAGGUACCAGACCCAGGUCCCCAGGCCGGUAGGGUGUGAUGCCGGACAGCUGCUGCAGCAGAGACCCUGUCUUGAGUAGCUGGGUGCUGCUGUCCUGGCUGUGGGGAGGGGACUGGUGUCAUCCCCUCCACAUCUUAGACGAGGAAGCCGAGAUUCAGAGCAGCUCCAGGGAGCCAGGCUUCCGGCCCCAGCUCAGUUGAGGACAGCCCAUGGAUGUGUCCUGUAGCUGCUUCCUCUGGGGUCACACGGGGUCACACACUCACCCCUCCCUGGGCAGGCCACAGGGCUGGCCCUCCCGGUGCAGGGCCUCAGCCAUCUGGGGGCUCAAGACCACGGCCGAGCCGAGCAUGAGCAGCAACUGCUGCAGCAUCUCCUUUCGCUGCAGCUGGAACACGACAUCGAAGUCACCAUCCUCCUCGUUAGGCCGCAUCUGCCGAGAAGGGGACAGGUGGGCCCGCCAGGUCAGGCCCUUUGUGGCCCCAGCAUCCACCACUGGGAAACUCCAACCCCAGUGCCUAUUAAUCUCAGUAUUCCCUGGCUAUGGUGGAAUACCCAUUCUCCAGGUGGGAAGACUGAUGACUUCCAGGGUCUCAGAGGCCUUUGUCCAGCUCCUUUGAGACCUCAAAUGGCUCGACGUGGAGAAUCAGAAAAAGACAGAUCUGCCAGGAAACUCUCAGGGGAGAGAGGGGCCCUGGGCCUGUCUUGGCCAUCUCUGGUGGUCUGCUUAUCUCCGGGCAGUUUCUAGUCCUUGAUUUGCCGCCCCCUCCCCCCACCACUUUCACCCACUUCCAGUUCACCUGCACAAUGUCCUGUAGGAAGGAGGUGGCCUGGGCCAGGGCCGUCUCCAGGCUCGCCCGGGCCUCCUGCUCUUUGGUCAGUUGCUGCUGGAGCCGCUGUCCCUCAGCCUGCUGCCGCUCCAGCUGCAGGUUCAGCUGGUCUCUUUCUUUCCUGGGCCCAGGACGAGACAGGUCAGCCUCCUCCCCAUCCUAGGACAAGGGGCCCUGUCUUUUCUCUCUGGCCAGCCCCGGGCCUCAGCCUGUGUGACAGACAAAGCCUCCAGGCCCCUGUACAGAGCGGGGAGUCGCUGGCCCAUGACCACAGAGGGAGGGUGUUCCCGCUGCUCUGCACCUCAGUGCCUGAUUGUCCUGCUGCUGCUUCAGGAGGUCCUGCUCCAGCUGGCCCAGCAGAACACGCAGCCGCUUGGCCUCGGCCGUGCCCUGCUGCUGCUCAUGGCACUUCUCCGUCAGCAUGAGGAUGACCUGCAGUGUGGGCAGGUGGCCGUGCUCUGGGCCCUGCCUCAGGCCCUCAGCCAGCCCUGCAUCCCCCAGAGAGGCCGGCCGCGGCCCUGGGAGCCCAGCACCCGCUGGAUUCACCUCAGGGCCGCUGCGCACCCAUUGAGUCGCCUGUGCGGGUAGGGGCCCUGGGGCUGGGUUCCCAUUCAACCAGUGAUGGGGGCUCCAAGUCAAAUACAAACCAGCGAUGGGGGCCAGAGCCCUCCCAACGAGAGCCCCAUCGCCUCACGGCUGCCUCUCCCAUGCUCCGAUCCUGAGUCCACCAUUGCAGGGGCCGUAUUUGCCCCGAGGACGGGGCCCUAGGUUUCCUUCCUGCUCUCCGUGCCGGGCCUCCCGGGGUGAGGGCCGGGAGCGCGCACCUUCUGGCGGCCCCAGUUGUUCCUGGCCAUGAGCUUCUGGGAGUUCUCCAGCAGCUCCAGCUGUUUGCAUAGGUCGUCCUGGUGGCCCCGGAGCUGCUCGUUCUCCGCCAGCAGCUGCGUGCCCUGCCGUGUAAUCUUGGCCAGCUGCAGGGUCACUGCGUUGUUCUCUGUGAUGGCCCGCUUGGUCGUGUCCCACAUCUGGCUCGUGGCCACCUUGCGGAACUCUGUGGCCACCAUGUUCACACGCUGGAUGAUCUCCUUUCUCAGUCUAGGCGGGAUGGGUCGGGGUGAGGCGGGGUUCAGGCAGAGGGGGGUCCCCAGAGCGCCUAGACCUCUCUGCUCUGUCCCCCAUAGGAGGGGCCAGGGCCACCAGCAGGAGCUCUUUAUUGUAGACCCUUUGUAAUAUUUUGAACCAUGUCCGUGUAUGAUGAACCAUUAAAUAUAAUUUAAAGUCGCAAAAA